AUGCUGGCAGAGUCCGGCCGCGUUCUGCGCCGUCCAGGUGCCGGUCGGCCCGGCCCGCCGCUAAAUUACUCCAUCUGCGUGCUGCGGGCGAGGGCCGACUCAUUCCGCGCUUCUUCCAUUACCCCGCCUUCGCGGCCGCUCUCGGCCGCCCGCUUCGCCGCCUUUUUCAUCCCCUCCGUCCUCUCCGCACCCCGCACCCGCGCUGCCCUGGAAAUUAUUCCGCCUGCGCCGCCCCCGCCGCUGACGCGACGCCGGCCACCUCUGCCGUCUCCACCCCGCACCAGCUCCGCGGAAUUGUCCAAUCUACGUGUGGGGAACGUAUUUCUGAAAUUACGCCCUCCAUUCACGAAACUCUGCACAUGUGGCACGCUGCAGCCGCCAGAAGGCCUGCCCCGGCGCCUUUUCCGCGCGGCCGGCCGGCAGACGCGCGGGGUCACCCCCAUUUCCCCCCACCCUACACACCACGCCCGUGUGUUCCGUUGUGUUCCACCGAGCCGCGCCGCCCUCGCGCGCCCCACGCCGCCCUCGGCUCCCCCGUUCCCUGCCGUCCUGGGGCCGCCGCCACCCUCGCCGCAGCCGACCGCGGGGCGGCUCUGA